UAUAAAAUAGAAUAUUCUAUGAGAAAAUAUUUAGUUUAUUAAAAUGCAUUGCCCAGAUAAAUACAUCAAAAAUAAUGGCAUGCAACGGAAGAAUGCCGAGGAUAUCUCAAGUACAUAUAUACAACAAAUGGUUUGGAAAUCUAAUGAAGUAGUUUUAGACAUAGGAUGUGGACCAGGCGAUGUAACCUCAGUUAUUCUUUAUCCUUUAUUAAAGGAUAAAAUUGAUCAGUUGGUUGGUGUUGAUAAAUCAAUCGAAAUGAUUGAAUAUGCAAAAAAAACAUAUGGAUGCUCUAAGAAAGAUUUUAAAGUUCUGGAUAUUGAUAAUGUCAAUGAUUGCUCUCUUUAUUCGCACAAAUUUAACAAAAUAUUUUCAUUUUUCUGUUUUCACUGGAUUCAUAAUAAAGCCGAUUCAUUGCGUAGUCUACAUUCAAUGUUAAAAAAUGGUGGAGAAAUUUUGUUAGACUUCUUGUUAAUCAAUCCAUGGAUUGCAACGUAUAAAUCUUUGGAUGCAGAAUGGCAAAAAUAUGUUAAAGAUAUAAAUAUGUCGAAUGAUUUGUAUUCUCAAGAUGAAGUGAGAGAAAUGUUUAUCAAUGCUGGAUUUCGAAUAAUUAAUUUAGAAUCAAAAGUCAAGAAAUACACAUUUUCAGAUUUAUCAUCACUUUUAGAUACCUUUAAAGUAGUAGAUGGAAUCUAUGAUUAUUUGCCACAACACUUACAUGACAGAUACACCGUAUAUGUUCAAGAAAAAAUAUGUAAGACACAAAAGUUUGAAAUUUGUCCAAAUACAGGAAAAACAACUUUUUCAUAUACUACUAUUACUGUGCAUGCUAUAAAAGAUUAAAAUUUAAAAAUUUUAAGAAUACAUAGGCACAAUUUUUUUUUAUUAGCAUUUGAAGUUCAAAUAUUGACUAUUUUGUAGGUAUAAU